AGUUUAGUUUAUAUUUUGAAACUAGCAACUAAACACGAUGUCGAGUCCUCCAUCCGCUAGCCGAGGCUCCAGAAAGAGACAGGCAGAAGACGAAGAUGAGCGUUCGUCUACUCAUCAGCCCUCAUCACCCUUGGGCUCCAGUCCACAAUUGCCACCUUCUUCGCCUGCUAUUCCUUUCGAUAUGGCCGCUGAAGAAGAAGACGAAAUUCACAAUGACGUUGCUGACUUGAAUCCUUCCGACGAAGAGGAAGGUGAAGACUUGAUGGAAGGCAUGGAACGUGACUACCGUUCCCGGGCCGAACAGGACCACUACAACAUGUCUGAUAUCGACGACGACGAGUACGAGGCUAUGGAUGCCGCCACCAGAAGACGAAUCGACGAACAAAUGAACCGUCGUGAUCAGCUUUUGAACAAUACCCAUUCUCGUCAACAGGCUUUCUUAGAAGACGACGAAGACAACGAAAUGGACCAGGAGUUGGAUAUGCUCGGUUUGCCCAUCCAGAGAAGAAGAAGAAGACAAUAUGACAACGACGCUGACGAAAUGCUUGACGAUGUUGAAAUCGAUCCUUUUAACGAAGAAUUGUCUCUAGAGAGUUUGACAGAUAUAAAGGCUCCCAGUAUCACCGAAUGGAUUCUUCAGCCAGCCGUAUCACGUUCCAUUGCCCGUGAAUUCAAGUCGUUUUUGCUUGAAUACACCGACGAUAAAGGUAGAUCGGUUUACGGUGCCCGGAUCAGAACGUUGGGUGAAGUCAAUGCCGAAUCGUUGGAUGUCACAUACGAGCACUUGGCUGAUUCCAAGGCUAUCUUGGCUCUCUUCUUGGCCACAUCCCCUUCAGAGAUGCUCAAGAUCUUUGAUAUUGUUUCCAUGGAAGCCACGGAAUUGCAUUACCCCAACUAUUCGCAGAUCCACCUGGAAAUCCAUGUCCGUAUAGUCGGAUUUCCUAAGCACACGAACUUGCGUGAUUUGCGUGAAAACGACUUGAAUCAGUUGAUUAAAGUUGGUGGUGUAGUCACCAGAAGAACAGGUGUGUUUCCCCAGUUGAAAUAUGUCAAGUUCGACUGUCUCAAGUGCGGAGUUGUUCUUGGUCCCUUUAUCCAAGAUUCAAACACUGAAGUCAGAAUCUCAUUCUGUACAAACUGUCAGUCCAAGGGUCCGUUCAGAAUGAAUUCCGAGAAGACGUUGUACAGAAACUACCAAAGAAUCACUCUUCAAGAAUCUCCCGGCACCGUUCCAGCAGGUAGAUUACCUAGACACCGUGAAGUUAUCUUGUUGAGUGACUUAGUGGAUGUAGCUAAGCCAGGUGAAGAAAUCGAAGUAACGGGUAUCUACAAGAAUAACUAUGAUGGAAACUUGAAUGCCAAAAACGGGUUCCCAGUGUUUGCUACAAUAAUCGAAGCUAACUCUAUCCGUCGUAAGGAAAGCAGCUACAGCGAAAACUCUUUGAGCUCAUGGUCAGAAGAAGAGGAACUGCUGUUCAGAAGAUUGUCUCAAGAAAAGGGAAUAAUCGACAAAAUUAUUUCUUCUAUGGCUCCUUCUAUUUACGGGCACAAGGAUAUCAAGACUGCUAUAGCCUGUUCUUUGUUUGGUGGUGUUCCCAAGGAUGUCAACGGUAAGCAUUCUAUCAGAGGUGAUAUUAACGUGUUGUUACUAGGAGAUCCUGGUACUGCCAAAUCUCAGAUCUUGAAGUACGCUGAAAAGACGGCCAAUCGUGCUGUGUUUGCUACCGGCCAAGGUGCUUCCGCUGUUGGUUUGACAGCUUCUGUGAGAAAAGAUCCUAUUACAAGAGAGUGGACUUUAGAAGGUGGUGCACUUGUUCUUGCUGACAAAGGUACCUGUUUAAUUGAUGAGUUCGAUAAGAUGAAUGACCAAGAUCGUACCUCUAUUCACGAAGCCAUGGAACAACAGUCGAUUUCUGUUUCCAAGGCUGGUAUUGUCACUACCUUACAAGCCCGUUGUGCCAUCAUUGCCGCAGCCAAUCCUAAUGGUGGACGAUACAAUUCUACGUUGCCAUUGUCUCAGAACGUUGAUUUGACUGAGCCUAUCUUAUCGAGAUUUGAUAUCUUGUGUGUUGUAAGAGAUUUAGUCAACCCUGAGCUGGACGAAAGACUUGCUAGUUUCGUCAUUGAUUCGCAUAUGAGAUCACACCCUACCAAUACAGAAGAUAUAGAAGACGAUGAAGCUGAAACUGGAGAAGAAGGCGACGGUGUAAGAAGAACUAGAAGAGAAAAGAUAUCACAGCUUAACAAGCAGAAGGAAAGUGAAAUCUCGCCAAUUUCCCAAGAAUUGCUUAUGAAAUACAUCAACUACGCUCGUGUAAAGGUGCAACCAAAGUUACAUCAGAUGGAUAUGGACAAGGUUGCUAGAGUGUAUGCUGAGUUGAGAAAGGAGUCUAUUUCUACGGGCUCGUUCCCAAUCACGGUUCGUCACUUGGAAAGUAUCUUGAGAAUUGCCGAAGCUUUUGCCAAGAUGAGAUUGAGUGACUUUGUAAGUCAGAGUGAUUUGAACCGUGCCAUUAAGGUCAGUAUUGACAGUUUUGUGGGUGCCCAGAAGGUCACGGUCCGCAAACAGUUGCAAUCCAAGUUCCAGAAAUUUACCUUGCCUACCAGAAGAAGGUAACCAUGGGGCUUUGUUUCUUGUAUGUAUUAUUUAGAGAGUUAGUUAUAAUAGGAUGUACUUUAGCUG